CGCGUCCGCCGCGCGGGUAGAAUAGCAACUGCCGGUAAAGUUAACUUUUGUUUUUAUGUUCAAAUACAGUUAAUAAACUUUCUGAAUUUAACCGCAUUUAUAUUUAAUAUGAACCGCCACGGGAAACAGAUGAAUGCAUACUAGUCUCUUGCCGCUCUGAGCCUCGUCAUUUUGUCCAGGCAGGCCGGAACGAAACCGUUUGCGCGGCGGUUCCUGAAGAGAGAACACAGCUCGGAGAGUCGACCCGGGCUCCCCACUUGUCCCACUGCCACAGCACCCGUAGGAGGCUGAAGACGUCCCCGCAUGGCCGACCCCCAGCCCCCGCCGACGCCGAGGCUGUCCUCUGGGAAGUCGAAGAGGGCGUCAUCGUCCAGGAGCCGCUCGUCCAAAGCCAGGUCCAGCCCAGCGACCCCUGACGCCAGCGGAGCCCUGCAGGAGGGACUGGAGCCGGGGCUGAGAGAUGAACAGGACCAGGAGACUCAAGAGCAGGGCGCAGAGCCUGACCGCAAGCCUCAGACACCCAUACUGGAGCCCGACCUGAAGCCCCUAUUUAAGAAGCGCGUGUCCCUGAGCGGCCUGACGGAGGACAUGUGGACGGAGGAGAAUGACCAGGCCCUGGACGGCUUCAUCCACAACCCCUCCCUGACCACCCUCGUCGUGUACCUGGACCCCUACGCAGGGCUCAAGGUGGAGAACGCCGUGCCAGCACAGCUGACAGACCAGAUAUGCUACUUCAUCCGGAGGGAGGGCGCCCCGCUGACGGAGGAGCUCUUUGAGUCGACAGUGCAGUUUGGCACGGCCAGGGGGGGGCACACCGAGAGCCUGCUGCGGCUCAUGAACGGGGUGUACGCCCCCCAGGUCUUCGGCAGCUCCGCCUGGCCCGAGAGCAUCAGGAACAACUUCUCGGCGCACAUGCAUCGCUUCCUGGCCAGCCUCACAGAUGCCAGAUUCAAGCUGGAAGGGCACACAGUCCUCUACAUCCCCAUGGAGGCCCUCAGGCUGAAGCCAGAAGUAGCUGCCAAGGACAAGGAACUGGUUCAGAGGCUGGAGACGGCAAUGAUCCACUGGACCCGUCAGAUUAAGGAGGUGCUGAGUGCCCAGGAGGCUGUGGAGACGGGGGACAGCUCGGGGCCCCUGGAGGAGAUAGAGUUCUGGAGGAGCCGCUGUGCUGACCUGUCUGGGAUCAGCCAGCAGCUGGACAAGCCAGGGGUCCAGCACAUCCAGGCCAUUCUGCAGAUCUCCAAGUCCUCCUACGUCACACCCUUCCGCAAGCUCUCCAAGCAGAUCCAGGACAGCUCCCUCCAGGCCCAGUCCAACCUGUCCUUCCUCUCCAUCCUGGCGGAGCCCUGCGAGGAGCUGUCCCGGCUGAAGCCCCGGGAGAUCCCCGACAAGCUGCCCCACCUGCUCAGCCUCAUCCGCAUCAUCUGGGUCAACUCCGUCCACUACAACACCCGGGAGAGGCUCACCUCCCUGUUCCGCAAGAUGAGCAACGAGAUCAUCCGGCUGUGCUGCAGGGAGAUCUCGCUGGACAGGGUAUUCGAGGGCUACGUCCUGUCCAGCAGGCAGACCCUCAACGACUGCAUCCAGUGCUGUCUGGCCUGGAAAGAGCACUACCUCCAAACCUCUCAGCUGCACCAUAGGUACUCAAAGACAGGCUGGGUUCUGGACCAGACCAGUGUCUUCGCCCAGGUGGACGCAUUUGUGCAGCGCUGUAAGGACUUGCUAGAGGUCUGUGAGUGCCAGCAGCACUUUGCCCGCAGGGAGGAUGGGACCCAGACACCGCUGCCGUGUUUCGGGGGCCGGCAGGGGCCGGAGAUCGCCCGCAGCCUGCUUGAGAUCGAGGGCACCUUCGAGAAGAGCCUGCAGAUUCUGCACUCUGUCAAGAAGGGCAUCCUAGACGUCAAGAACACCUCCUGGCAUGACGACUACAACAGGUUCCGCGCCAGCGUGAAGGACCUGGAGGUGAUGACGCAGAACCUGAUCACCACGGCGUUCGAGACAGUCAGCACCGUGGAGCAGGGCGUGGAGCUGCUGGACGUCUUCCAGCACCUCUCCACAAGAGAGGCCAUCAAGCGUACCAUAGACAGGAAGACGGUGGACAUGUACACACUGUUCAACGAGGAGAUGAACCUGGUCAACAAGGAGCUGAGCCACAAGGCCUUGCACCUGCCUGCACACAUGCCACAGCAGGCCGGGCAGGCGCACUGGGCAAGAGCCCUGCGUCGCCGCAUCGACAGGCCCAUGGAGGUGCUGCAGCGGGCGCACUUUGUGCCGCAGAUCGGCAGCGGCGAGGAGGCUCGCACGGCCUACCUGCAGCUGGCGCAGACGCUGGACGAGCUGGUGAGGAGGAUGUUCAGCGAGUGGAGCCAGAGUAUUGACCGGCACAGCCUGAAGAGACUGGACUCCCCCCUCAUGAGCCGCUGCCAGGAGAGAGCCGGCAUGCUGGACCUCAACUUUGACAAGACCCUGCUGAAGAUGUUUCGGGAGAUCCACUACUGGGAGCGGCUGCUGUUCGAGAUCCCCCACUACGUGUCGGAGGUGUGCCAGCGCAGCGAGGACCUGCGCAGCCUGAUGGAGAACGUGCUGCUCGUGGUCCGCGACUACAACAGGAUCAUCGAGGCGCUGUCCCAGGAGGAGCUGGGACUGUUCCGCGAGCGGAUCCGCUUCCUGGAUAAGAAGAUCCAGCCCGGGCUGUCCAAGCUCCUCUGGUCCUCCAAAGGGGCGUCCAGCUACUUUAUCAAUGACUGCCGGCUGCAUGCCAGCAAGCUGCAGCUAAUCGUGGAUGAGUACAAGGCUGCCAACCUGCUGGUGUCGCGUGCUGCCCGCCAGAUCAGCGAGCUGCUGCUGGUGCACAUUGACGGCAAGCGCAUCUACCGGGACCUGGAGUUCGAGGGCGACCAGCUCGCCCAUCAGGACAGCCAGCAGCAGCGCCUGAUCACUCUCCACCAGGAGAUUGUGGCCAUCAUGGCCCGUGUCUACGAAACGUUCCGCACAGAUGGACCCGAGGUGCAGCAGCACUGGGUGAACUACACAGAUAAGAUGGACCGCAUGGUGGAGGAGGCCUUCCGCCUUAAUGUGAAGUGGUCCCUGCAGGAGCUCUCCAAGGCCAUCAACGGAGACACCAAGACCUCACCUAACCCCCUCUUCAGGGUACUGGUGAUACUGCACCAAGAGGCGCCAGGCUCCACAGCACAGGUGGAGUUCUCUCCCACUCUCCAGAAACUGGCUAACAUCGUCACCAACAUCGGCAGCCAGCUGAUCAGCACCAUCUCCGUUUUCAAGCGGCUGCCCGACCUGCUGACCAGGCGUCGGUCCCAGCGUGAGCACAUCCACUCCAUCAUUGAGCGUGACGAGGAGAUCAGGAAAAUCCAGGCUCAGAUUGCGUCCGGCAUGUCUGCCAACGCCGGCCACCUCCAGACCUACCUGAAGACCUGGGACACCUACCGUGAGAUCUGGGAGAUCAACAAGGACUCCUUCAUCCGGCGGUACCAGCGGCUCAACCCACCCGUGUCCUCCUUCGACGCCGACAUCGCCAGGUACACAGAGGUGGCCAACAAUGUGCAGAAGGAGGAGACGGUGCUGAGUGUGCAGUUUGUGCUGCUGGACUGCUCCUCCCUGAAGUUCUCCCUGGUACAGCAGUGCAACGAGUGGCAGGGCAAGUUCACCACACUGCUGAACGAGAUGGCCAGCGCCCGGCUGCGCGAGCUGCAUUCCUUUCUGCAGGACAACGCAGACAAAGUUAGCAAGCCCCCGCAGACCCUGGUGGAGCUGGGCACCAGCCUGAAGCUGCUGGAGUCCCUGCAGGCUGACCUGUCCAAGAUGGAGGCCCAGAUUCCCCCAAUUCACGAGCAGUUUGCCAUCCUGGAGAAAUAUGAGGUCGCCACCGAUAGCACAGUUCAGGCUAUGCUUGAGGCACUGAACGGAGAGUGGCUGUCCUUCCAGCAGUGCCUGAUCGACAGUGACAGCAUGCUGAAGAAGCACAAGGAGAAGUUCAAGAGCAGCCUCCUCUUCUCCGCGGAGGAGUUCAAGAAGAAAGUGCACUCCACACUGGAGGACUUCUCAGGCACUGGACCCUUCAGCAGUUCCGUGAGCUCAGAUGCUGCCCUGGAGCAGAUCAUUAGCCUCCGUGCUCAGCUGGACUCCUUGAAGGAGGAAGAGGCCACCAUCCGCCAUGGCCUGGGCAUCUUCAAGAUCGAGCAGCCUUCCUCGAAAGACAUCCUGGCCCUGGACAAGGACCUGGACUUCCUGCAGCAGGUCUGGCAGAUCACCAAGGAGUGGGAGUCCCACUGGAGUGAGUGGAAGGUGGGGCAGUUUGAGACGCUGCAGACAGAGGUCAUGGAGAGCACGGCCCAGGCCCUGUACAAGAGGCUGCACAAGCUGAGCCGCGAGCUCAAGAAUAAGCAGUGGGAGAUCGUGGACUCUUCGAAGAGCAAGAUCGACCAGUUCAAGAGGACCAUGCCACUCAUCUCCGACCUGAGGAACCAGGCCAUGAGGGAGAGGCACUGGAACCAGAUCAAGUAUGAGGUGCAGCGUCCGUUCGACCAGACCAGUGCCGACUUCACCCUGGAGAAAAUUGUGCAACUGGGCCUGGACCAGCACGCAGACAAGAUCAGCGAGAUCUCGGCGGCUGCCAGCAAGGAGCUGUCCAUUGAGCAGGCCCUGGAAGGCAUAGCAAAGACCUGGGAGGAGACUUUCCUGGACAUUGCUCCCUACAAAGACAAAGGCCAUCACAGGCUGAGGGGUACGGAGGAGGUCUUCCAGGCCCUGGAGGAUAACCAGGUGACCCUGUCCACCAUGAAGGCCUCCCGCUUUGUCAAGGCUUUCGAGAAGGAGGUGGACCGCUGGGAGCGUGGCCUGUCGCUCAUCCUGGAGGUCAUCGAGAUGAUCCUCACAGUGCAGAGGCAGUGGAUGUACUUGGAGAACAUAUUCCUGGGAGAGGACAUUCGGAAGCAGCUGCCACGAGAGUCAGCAGAGUUUGACGACAUCAACACCAGCUGGAAGGAGAUCAUGGACCGGCUGAACAAAGACAACAAUGCCCUGAGAGGAACACACCAUCCUGGCCUCCUGGAGAAGCUGUCCGAGAUGAACUCAAAGCUGGAGGAGAUCCAGAAGACCCUGGACACGUACCUGGAGACCAAGAGGCAGAUCUUCCCGCGUUUCUACUUCCUGUCCAACGAUGACCUGCUGGAGAUCCUGGGCCAGUCGCGGCGCCCCGAGGCCGUUCAGCCUCACCUCAAGAAGUGCUUCGACAACAUCAAGAGCCUCAAGAUCAACAAGAUGGGGAUCAGUCUCAAGUCUGAAGCCUGUGGGAUGUUCUCUGCGGAUGGGGAGUAUGUGGAGUUCACACACCCUGUCCUGCUGGAGGGACCUGUGGAGGCCUGGCUGUGUGACGUGGAGCGGACAAUGCGCUGGUCCCUCAAGGACAGCCUGAAGAACUGCCGCCUCGCUCUGAAGAAGAUGACAGGGAAGAGGGACAAGUGGGUGAAGGACUGGCCUGGGCAGAUGCUGAUCACAGCCAGCCAGAUCCAGUGGACCACAGAUGUCACCAAGUCCCUACUCACCAGCAAGGAGAGGGCUGACAAAAAUGCCCUCAAGGUCAUGAAGAAGAAACAGGUGUCCCUGCUGCACAAGUACUCAGAGGCCAUUCGGGGAAACCUGUCCAAGAUAAUGCGUUUAAAGAUUGUCGCCCUGGUGACGGUGGAGGUCCACGCCCGUGAUGUCAUCGACCGGCUGGCCAAGUCUGGCUGUUGUGAUGUCACCUCUUUUGACUGGCUCUGUCAGCUGCGACUCUACUGGGACAAGGAUGAAGAUGACUGCAUCAUCAGACAGACCAACACACACUUCCCCUAUGGAUAUGAAUAUCUGGGGAACUCUGGCCGCCUGGUCAUUACCCCCCUCACUGACAGGUGCUACAUGACCCUCACCACAGCCCUGCACCUGCACCGCGGCGGCUCGCCGAAGGGCCCGGCUGGCACCGGCAAGACCGAGACGGUGAAGGACCUGGGCAAGGCUCUGGGCAUGUACGUCAUCGUGGUCAACUGCUCCGAGGGGCUGGACUUCAAAUCCAUGGGCCGCAUGUACUCCGGCCUGGCACAGACUGGAGCCUGGGGCUGCUUUGACGAGUUCAACCGCAUCAACAUAGAGGUGCUGUCUGUGGUGGCGCAGCAGAUCCUGUCCAUCCUGUCCGCGCUGUCUGCUGGUGCCACGCACUUCGUCUUUCAGGGCCGCGACAUCAGCCUGGUGUGGUCCUGCGGCAUCUUCAUCACCAUGAAUCCUGGCUACGCUGGCCGCACGGAGCUACCUGACAACCUCAAGUCCAUGUUCCGGCCCAUCUCCAUGGUGGUGCCUGACUCCACGCUGAUCGCGGAGAUCAUCCUGUUCGGAGAGGGCUUCAACAACUGCAAGGUGCUGGCGAAGAAGGUCUUCACCCUCUACUCCCUGGCCAUGCAGCAGCUGUCCAAGCAGGAUCACUAUGACUUCGGCCUGCGCGCUCUGACCUCGCUGCUGCGGUACGCUGGGAAGAAGCGCCGCGUGCGUCCCGAUGUCGCUGACGAAGAGAUCCUAUUGAUGUCGAUGAAGGACAUGAACAUCGCCAAGCUGACAUCUGUGGACCUGCCUUUGUUCAACGCCAUCAUUCAGGACCUGUUCCCUGGAGUGGACACGCCCACGAUUGACUACGGCAAGCUGAAGGAGACGAUCGAGGGAGAGCUGCGGCAGAGCGGCCUGCAGGUCACGCCCUUCACCCUGACCAAGGUCAUCCAGCUGUACGAGACUAAGAACUCGCGGCACUCCUCCAUGAUCGUGGGCAAGACGGGCAGCGGCAAGACCGUCACCUGGAGGACCCUGCAGGCCGCGCUGACCACCCUGCACCGCACCGGCGAGCCGGGCUACAACCUGGUCCGGGAGUGUCCUCUGAACCCCAAGGCUGUGAGUCUGGGGGAGCUGUACGGGGAAUAUGACCUCAGCACCAACGAAUGGACAGACGGGGUGCUGUCCAGCCUGAUGAGAGCGGCCUGCGCAGACGAGAAGCCGGAUGAGAAGUGGAUUGUGUUUGAUGGGCCCGUAGACACCCUGUGGAUUGAGAGCAUGAACUCCGUCAUGGAUGACAACAAGGUGCUGACCCUUAUCAAUGGAGAGAGGAUCGCCAUGCCGGAGCAGGUGUCCCUGCUGUUUGAGGUGGAGGACCUGGCUGUUGCCUCCCCAGCUACAGUGUCCCGCUGUGGGAUGGUCUACACUGACUACACAGACCUGGGCUGGAAACCAUACGUUCAGUCCUGGCUGGACAAACGCAAGAAGGAGGAGGUGGAGCACCUGCAGCGGCUGUUUGACAAGUAUGUGGAGAAGACCCUGCUCUUCAGGAAGACUCACUGCAAAGAGCUGGUGCCCAUCACUGAGCUGAACGGCGUGGCAUCACUGUGCCGGCUGUACCACACCCUCGCCACGCCUGAGAAUGGGGUGAACCCCUCUGACUCGGACAACUUCAGCCGCAUGGUGGAGCUUUGGUUCACCUUCAGCCUCAUCUGGUCCAUCUGUGCCUCCGUGGACGAGGAAGGGCGCAAGAAGAUCGACAACUUCCUCCGGGAAACCGAGGGCACCUUCCCCAGCAAGGACACUAUCUACGAGUACUACGUGGACCCCAAGAACAAGACCUGGGCCUUGUUUGAGGAGAAGCUGCCAAAGGGCUGGAGGUACCCCCCAGGUUCCCCCUUCUACAAGAUCAUGGUUCCCACUGUGGACACCGUGCGCUACAACUUCCUGGUGCGGGCACUGGUGUCCAGUCAGUGCCCGGUGCUCCUGGUGGGACCAGUGGGCACGGGGAAGACCUCCAUUGCCCAGACCGUCCUGCAGGGGCUGGACACCUCCAAGUGGGGCGUGCUGAUCGUCAACAUGUCCGCCCAGACUUCCUCGAACAACGUGCAGGCCGUUAUCGAGAGCCGCGUGGAGAAGCGGACGAAGGGGGUGUAUGUGCCAAUCGGGGGGAAGCGCCUCAUCACCUUCCUGGAUGACCUGAACAUGCCGGCUCAGGACAGCUUCGGCUCCCAGCCCCCGCUGGAGCUGCUGCGCCUCUGGAUCGACUACGGCUUCUGGUACGACCGGCAGAAGCAGACGGUCACAUACAUCAAGGACAUGUUCCUGAUGGCAGCAAUGGGGCCCCCUGGUGGUGGAAGAACUCACAUAUCGGGACGCCUGCAGAGCCGUUUUAACCUCAUCAACAUGACCUUCCCCACUGAGUCCCAGAUCAAGCGGAUCUACGGGACCAUGAUUAACCAGAAGCUGCAGGAGUUUGAGGAGGAGGUGAAGCCGAUCGGGGACGUGGUGACCCAGGCCACGCUGGACAUCUACUCCGCCAUCGUGCACAGGUUCCUGCCGACGCCAGCCAAGAUCCACUACCUCUUCAACCUGCGGGACAUCUCCAAGGUGUUCCAAGGAUUGCUCCGUGCUCACAGAGACUUCCACGACACCAAGCAGAGCAUUACUCGACUGUGGAUUCACGAGUGCUUCAGGGUGUUUUCUGACCGGCUGGUGGACAGAGGCGACAUGGAAGCCUUCCUGGGGCUGCUGAGUGAGAAGCUGGGCUCCCUCUUCAAUGUCACCUACCACAGCAUCUGCCCCAACAAGCAGCCCCCCUUGUUCGGGGAUUUCCUGCGGGAGCCGCGGGUCUAUGAGGACCUGAUGGACUUCAAGGCCCUGAAGAAAUUCAUGGAGACACAGCUGGAGGACUAUAACCUGACGCCUGGCAUUGUACCCAUGAGCCUGGUGCUGUUCAGGGACGCCAUUGAGCACAUUACCCGUGUGGUGCGCGUGAUCAGCCAGCCGCGGGGGAACAUGCUGCUGAUCGGGAUCGGGGGCUCGGGCCGGCAGAGCCUCUCGCGCCUUGCUUCCUACAUCUGCGACUACAAGGUCUUCCAGAUCGAGGUCACCAAGCAGUACCGCAAGCAGGAGUUCAGGGAAGACAUUAAGAAGCUGUACCGACAGACAGGUGUGGACAACAAGCCCACUGUCUUCCUGUUCAAUGACACACAGGUGGUGGAUGAGUCCUUCCUGGAGGAUGUGAACAACAUCCUGAGCUCAGGGGAGGUGCCCAGCAUGUACAAGCCCGAUGAGUUUGAGGAGAUUCAGAGCGCGCUGGGGGAUGCGGCGCGGGCGGACGGCGUGCCUGAGACUCCGGACAGCAUGUUCAGCUACCUGAUUGAGAGAGUGAGGAACAACCUGCACAUCGUGCUGUGUAUGAGCCCCGUGGGAGACCCCUUCAGGAACCGCCUCCGCCAGUAUCCGGCCCUGGUGAACUGCACCACCAUCGACUGGUUCUCCGAGUGGCCCCAGGAUGCCCUGCUGGAGGUGGCGGAGAGGGACCUGGAGGGACUGGCCCUGGGACCCAUCGAGGGGAUUCACAGCAAAGUCGCACACAUCUUUGUCACGGUGCACCAGUCGGUAGCGGAAUAUUCCCAAAAGAUGAAGCUGGAGCUGCGGAGGCACAACUACGUCACCCCCACCAACUACCUGGAGCUGGUGUCAGGAUACAAGAAGCUGCUGACGGAGAAGAGGGCCGAGCUGGGUGACCAGGUGUCCAAGCUGCGCACAGGCCUGUACAAGAUCGAUGACACACGCGGGAAGGUGGAGGCCAUGUCCGUGGAGCUGGAGGAGGCCAAGAAGAAGGUGGCAGAGUUCCAGAAGCAGUGCGAGGAGUACCUGGUCACCAUCGUGCAGCAGAAACGGGAGGCGGACGAGCAGCAGAAGGCUGUGAGUGCCCAUAGCGAGAAGAUUGGUGCGGAGGAGAUCAAAUGCAAGGCCAUGGCAGACAAUGCUCAGAGAGACCUGGACGAGGCGCUGCCUGCUCUGGAGGAGGCCAUGAAGGCUCUGGAGUCCCUCAAUAAGAAGGACAUGACGGAGAUCAAGUCUUACGGCCGCCCCCCCGCCCUGGUGGAGACGGUGAUGCAGGCGGUCAUGAUCCUGAGAGGAAACGAGCCCACCUGGGCCGAGGCCAAGAGACAGCUGGGCGAGUCAAACUUCAUCAAACAGCUGGUCCACUUUGACAAGGACAACAUUUCGGACCGGGUCCUAAAGAAAAUCGGUCAGUACUGCACCCAGCCGGACUUCCAACCCGAGAUCAUUGGCCGGGUCUCGCUGGCGGCGAAGUCACUCUGCAUGUGGGUUCGCGCCAUGGAGGUGUACGGGCGAAUUUUCCGUGUAGUGGAGCCCAAGCGGGCGCGUCUCCACGGAGCCAUGGCACAGCUGGAGGAGAAGCAGGCCGCUCUGGCCGAGGCACAAGCCAAGCUGAAAGAGGUGGCGGAGAGGCUGGAGCAGUUGAAGAAGCAGUACGAUGAGAAGCUGGCCCAGAAGGAGGAGCUCCGGAAGCGCUCUGAGGACAUGGAGAUCAAACUGGACCGGGCUGGCAAACUGGUGUCCGGGCUGGCGGGGGAGAGAGUCCGCUGGGAGGAAACUGUCAAAGGUCUGGAGGAAGCCAUGGGAUACCUGGUUGGAGACUGUCUGCUGGCUGCUGCGUUCCUGUCUUAUAUGGGUCCCUUUCUGUCUAACUACAGGGACGAGAUUGUCUCCAAUAUCUGGAUGAAACAGAUCAAGGAGUUGUCCGUGCCUUGCUCUCCCAAUUUCAGUUUUGCCACCUUCUUGUCCAAACCUACGGCCGUGCGUGACUGGAACAUCCAGGGCCUGCCCUCUGAUGCCUUCUCCACCGAGAACGGAGUCAUCGUCACCCGCGGAAACCGGUGGCCACUGAUGAUCGACCCUCAAGGACAAGCCCUCAAGUGGAUCAAGAACAUGGAGGGCUCGAAGGGCCUAAAGGUGAUUGACCUGCAGAUGCAGGAUUUCCUGCGCACUCUGGAGAACGCCGUGCAGUUUGGCUCCCCAACCUUGCUGCAGAAUGUCCAGGAGGAGCUGGAUCCCUCACUGGGUCCCAUCCUCAACAAGUCCCUCACCAGAGUGGGUGGCCGCCUGCUGAUCCGCCUGGGUGACAAGGAGGUGGAGUACAGCCCCGAGUUCCGGUUCUACAUCACCACCAAGCUGUCUAACCCCCACUACACCCCUGAGAUCUCCACGAAGACCACCAUCGUCAACUUCGCCGUCAAGGAGCAGGGCCUGGAAGCACAGCUGCUGGGGAUCGUGGUGCGGAAGGAAAGGCCGGAGCUUGAGGAGCAGAAGGACUCCCUGGUCAUCAACAUCGCGUCCGGCAAGAGGAAGCUGCAGGAGCUGGAGGAUGAGAUCCUGAGGUUGCUGAACGAGGCCACGGGCUCUCUGCUGGAUGAUGUUCAGCUGGUGAACACUCUGCAGAGCUCCAAGGUGACAGCUACUGAGGUGGCAGAGCAGCUGGAGAGCAGCGAGCAGACGGAGAAGAAGAUUGACACAGCGAGAGAGGCGUACCGCCCCUGCGCCCAGCGCGCCUCCAUCCUGUUCUUCGUGCUGAAUGACAUGGGCCGCAUCGACCCCAUGUACCAGUUCUCCCUGGACGCCUACAUCGACCUGUUCAACCUGAGCAUCGAAAAGAGCCAGCGCAGCGCCAAGCUGGAGGAGCGCAUCAACAAUCUCAACGACUACCACACCUACGCCGUGUACAGGUACACGUGCCGCGGCCUGUUCGAGCAUCACAAGCUGCUGUUCAGUUUCCAGAUGUGCGCUAAGAUCCUGGAGGUGGCCGGCAAGCUCAACAUGAACGAGUACAACUUCUUCCUGCGCGGGGGGCAGGUGCUGGACAAAGAGGGCCAGAUGGACAACCCCUGUCCCGGCUGGCUCUCGGACUCCAACUGGGACAACAUCACGGAGCUGGACAAGCUCACCAACUUCCACGGCAUCAUGAACUCCUUCGAGCAGAACCCGCGUGACUGGCACCUGUGGUACACCAGCGCCACGCCUGAGACUGCCCCGCUGCCCGCGGAGUGGGAGAACGGCUACAACGAGCUGCAGAGGAUGCUGAUCGUGCGUUCCCUACGCCAGGACCGCGUGGCGUUCUGCGUCACCACCUUCAUCAUCAACAACCUCGGCUCCAAGUUUGUGGAGCCCCCCGUGCUGGACAUGAAGUCGGUUGUGGACGACUCCACCCCCAAGACACCCCUGAUCUUCGUCCUGUCUCCGGGGGUGGACCCCACAGGCGCACUGCUGCAGCUGGCCGAGGCCUCCGGCAUGGGGCAGCGCUUCCACGCCCUCUCACUGGGGCAGGGCCAGGCGCCCAUCGCCACCCGCAUGAUCAAAAAUGGGGUGAAGGAUGGAAACUGGGUGUUCUUGGCAAACUGUCACCUGUCCCUGUCCUGGAUGCCCCAGCUGGACAAGCUGGUGGAGCAGCUGCAGGUGGAGGAGCCUCACCCCGACUUCCGGCUGUGGCUGAGCUCCAGCCCGCACCCCGACUUCCCCAUUGCCAUCCUGCAGGCUGGCAUCAAGAUGACCACGGAGCCACCCAAGGGUCUGAAGGCCAACAUGAAGCGACUGUACCAGCUGGUGACGGAGCCCCAGUUCAACCGCUGCUCCAAGCCCUCCGUCUACAAGAAGCUGCUCUUCUCCCUCUGCUUCUUCCAUAGCGUGCUGCUGGAGAGGAAGAAGUUCCUUCAGCUGGGCUGGAACAUCAUCUAUGGCUUCAACGACUCUGACUUCGAGGUGUCAGAGAACCUGCUCAGCCUGUACUUGGAUGAGUACGAGGAGACGCCCUGGGACGCCCUCAAAUACCUGAUUGCUGGGGUCAACUACGGGGGUCAUGUGACUGAUGACUGGGACCGCCGACUCCUCACCACUUACAUCAACGAUUACUUCUGCGAGCAGGCUGUCUCCACGCCCUUCUACAAGCUGUCCUCCCUGCCCACCUAUUAUAUCCCCAAGGACGGGCCGCAGUCUGUGUACCGGGAGUACAUCAGCAUGCUUCCCGCCAUGGAGCACCCCGAGGUCUUCGGGCAGCACUCCAACGCUGACAUCGCCAGCCAGAUCACCGAGACGCGGACGCUCUUCGAUACCCUGCUGUCCCUGCAGCCGCAGGUCACCGUGCCUGCCUCCGGCGCCGGCAGCACCCUCAGCCGGGAGGAGAAGGUGCUGGAGAUGUCGGCAGACGUGCGUCAGAAGAUCCCAGAGGAGGUGGAUUAUGAGGGGACACGCAAGAUGCUGCAGGACGACCCCUCGCCCCUCAACGUGGUCCUGCUGCAGGAGAUCCAGAGAUACAACGCCCUGCUCAGUACCAUCAGGUCCUCCCUGACAGAGCUGGAGAGGGGCAUCCAGGGACUGGUCGUGAUGUCUGCCAGCCUGGAGGAGACCUUCAACUGCAUCCAUGACGCCCGCGUGCCGCCACUGUGGGAGAAGGCCUACCCCUCCCUGAAGCCUCUGGCCUCCUGGACGCGGGACCUGGUGCAGCGGGUGCAGCAGUUCGCCCGCUGGGCGGAGACGGCCCACCCCCCGGCGCUCUUCUGGCUCUCGGGCUUCACCUUCCCCACGGGCUUCCUGACGGCCGUGCUGCAGGCCUCCGCACGCCAGAACAGCGUGUCAGUCGACAGUUUGUCCUGGGAGUUUGUGGUCUCCACAGUGGAUGACAGUAACCUGCUCUUCCCGCCCAAGGACGGCGUGUUUGUGAGAGGGCUGUUCCUGGAGGGAGCUGGCUGGGACAGGAAGGGCUCCUGCCUGGUGGAGGCCGAGCCGAUGCAGCUGGUCUGUCCCAUUCCCACCAUCCACUUCAAGCCCGUGGAGAACAAGAAGAAGAGUGGCAAGGGGAUGUAUUCCUGCCCCUGCUAUUACUUCCCUAACCGGGCCGGGGGCGCAGGCCGUGCCUCCUUUGUGGUGGGAGUGGAUCUUAAAUCUGGUGCUGUCCCACCAGACCACUGGAUCAAGAGAGGAACUGCUUUGCUGAUGAGCCUGGACGCAUAGGAACUACACCCCGCGAUCCCACUACUAACACAACUGCAGACUACCAAAACCCCCACCUCGCACUGCUACACACAUCCACAAUCGCAGUAUUGACACCAAUAGAGACUACCACUAUACCAGGCCAGCGCUCACACCCAUACAGACUACCACAAUCCGAACCCUCAUACAAGUGUAGACUACCACAGUCCCACUCUCACAUCACUACAGCCUUUCCACAAUCCCAUUGCAAACAAUACAGACCACCACAGUCCCAGUUCCCACCAGUACAGGCUACCAGUCCCCUAGCUCCUAGACUCUUAUAGAUAGUAUUUCAAAAGCUAUGGAUUACUGCAGGUGGCUUGUAUGUUAAAAAUACUGAUGUAAAAGAUAUUUUAUUACCAUAAAGAUAUGUAAAUAACAUUGAAGAGAAGGUACACAACAUGAAAUAAAUUUUAUUCUGCAUUUUGUGUCUGAA